ACAAAUACCCAUUUACUCUCUUCACCCUCUCAAUAUAGCCUUGCAAGUACUUUCAUCACCAUCAUUACUGAGGGGAAAAUUUUUCAAAAUUGAAGUAGUCACCAUGGUGCUCUUAAUGGUUCUUCUCAGGCUUCUAGCUUCCUCAUGUCAUAGAGCAGCAAGAAGAAUGAGCUCUUAUGGCUUUUACUUGGAAAUUGUGUCAGUCAAGCCAUCACAUCCUUCUUCUCCAUCUUUCCCUAGUAUUACCAAAUGUAGUUUGGAGGGUAGGAAGUCACAGACACUAGCCUGUGACAUUCACAGAGUUCUCUUGAGAUCCCACUCUUUCUUCCCCUUCUUCAUGCUUGUUGCCUUUGAAGGUGGAAGCAUUUUCAGAGCCCUUUUUCUGCUUCUGUCAUGUCCUGUACUAUGGAUUCUGGACUAUGAACUCAGGCUAAGAGUCAUGAUCUUUAUAACCUUCCGUGGGUUGAAGUUGAAGGAUAUGGAAAACACUUCAAGGGCCGUUUUACCCAAGUUUUAUCUGGAGAAUCUGAACCUGGAGGCCUGUGAGGUGUUGGGUUCAGUGGGGUUUAGGGUUGUGUUCACCAGUCUGCCUAGAGUCAUGGUUGAAGGGUUUCUGAAGGAGUAUUUGAGUGUUGACGAGGUUAUAGGAACAGAGUUGCAGAAUUUCGGAGGCUACUUCACUGGUUUGGUUUCUGGGCCUGGUUUGCUCGUGAAGCAUGGAGCUCUCAAGCAGUACUUCGGAGAUAGAAAGCCUGACAUUGGACUUGGAAGCAGUCACAGUGUUCAUGAUCAUCUCUUAAUCUCUCAUUGCAAGGAGGCUUAUGUGGUGAAGAAAAAUGAAGGUUCAAUAAUGCCAAGGGAAAAAUACCCAAAGCCUCUGAUUUUCCAUGAUGGUAGGCUAGCAUUUCUGCCAACCCCAUCAGCAACACUCUUCAUGUUCAUGUGGCUUCCAAUUGGAAUUCUCUUAGCUAUUUACAGAUUCUUGGGUAUCAUCGUACCCUACAAACUAACCCUAGUUCUUGGCAGUUUCAGUGGUGUUCGCUUCAAUUUCAAGGUCCAUGAUAACCACAAAAAGUCCCGCAAAUCCAAUGGGGUCCUAUAUGUGUGUACUCACAGGACCCUCUUAGAUCCUGUGUUUCUCAGCACAUGUCUGGGCAAGCCAUUAACAGCAGUUACAUACAGUUUAAGCAGAGUCUCUGAGAUUAUAGCUCCAAUAAGAACAGUGAGACUUACUAGGGACAGAAAGAAAGAUGGGGAAGCCAUGGAAAUUCUUCUGAAAGAAGGUGACUUGGUGGUGUGCCCUGAAGGAACAACUUGCAGGGAGCCAUAUCUGUUGAGAUUUAGCUCAUUGUUUGCUGAAUUGACUGAUGAGAUUGUUCCUGUGGCCAUUAAUGCAAAAGUGAGUAUGUUCUAUGGGACCACUGCUAGUGGGCUUAAGUGUUUGGACCCAAUUUUCUUUUUGAUGAAUCCAAGGCCAAGUUAUUACAUUGAGAUUCUUGAGAAAGUGCCCAGAAAUCUCACAUGUAGUGGUGGAAAGUCCAGCUUUGAAGUGGCUAAUUAUACACAGAGGAGGCUGGGAGAUGCUUUGGGAUUUGAGUGUACAAAUCUUACAAGGAAGGAUAAGUAUUUGAUGCUUGCAGGGAAUGAGGGUAUCGUUCAACAAGAUAUGAGGAAAAAGUGAUGAAGAAAAGGUUUUUCCUUUUUGGGGCUAUAAAAAUAUAUUUGUUACUUUUUUACUUCAAGUGUUCAGAUGUUCAGAUCAUGAUACUUUUAAGUGAUAUGAUAGUUUGAGAGAAAUUUAAUUAUGUCAGCUAGGUUAGCUUAAAUGGAAUGUUCUACUUGUUUUGGUCAUGGAGUGUGUGCCUAUGU